AUGCCUUUCUACUGCUGUCAAACGUUGCUGGUGGCCGAUAGAGACAGUGAAAAUAUGAACUUUUAUAAAAAUUCUAACCGUCAAAUAGUUCACCAUAAUGGAUUUAGACGUCGUAUUAUAUCAAAGGAAAUGGCAUUUUACUGUUUCGACUUGCUAGCUAGCCAUUUAUAUCGUUUGAAAGAGCCUCCUCGGCCACAGUUCACUAAUGAUGCUUUCCCGUUGUUUGUUACAUGGAAGAUUGGUCAUGAUCACCGACUUAGAGGUUGUAUAGGAACAUUUGCCACCAUGCCACUUCAUUCUGGUUUAAAAGAAUACACAUUAUCUAGUGCUCUAAGGGAUGGUCGAUUUUCACCUGUUACUAAGGAUGAGUUACCUAAUUUGCAUUGCUCUGUUUCUGUAUUAACCAAUUUUGAAGAAGGAGUCAAUUAUUUAGACUGGGAAACUGGUGUUCAUGGUCUUAGAAUUGAAUUUAUAAAUGAAAAAGGUCAUAAAAGAACAGCAACCUAUCUACCAGAAGUUGCAAAGGAGCAAGGUUGGACUCAAAUUCAAACCAUUGAUUCUCUAAUGAGAAAAGGAGGAUAUAAAGGUCCUAUAAGCCCUGAAGUGCGGAAUUCCAUUAAAGUUACCCGUUAUCAAAGUGAAAAAGUAACUGUUAGUUAUAACGAAUUCAUGGCUGCUAAGCAGCGUGGAACUUCAUGACACAAGUGUCUUUUUAGGAGUGAAGUCAUGAUGUUAAGGGAAAAAAAAACACAAUGCAUAGACUUAUAAAGAAUUGUUUUAUUCAAAUGGGAUUAACCUUUGGUAUAUCCUGUGUUGCUCUACUGGCAGCUGUCAGGUUAUAUUCCUAUGUAAUGUUGUUUUUUACAUUCUUUAAUCAUACUGUUUUAUGUCUUAGGCCGGAGGCACUAUAGUAUUUAAGAUAUUGUUAUUAUUGCCAUUUGUCUUGCUUUAACAUUAAAAUGAACACUAGGCUGAAUACUAAGUGAUAUUUUUGAAAUCAUAUGAUGUAUCUCAAGGUUUAGUUUCAUAUUACMAGCUUGUACCAAAUCAUAUCCACCUAGCUUGUUCAAAGCCAAGAAAACAUUUAAAAAAUGACAACAAUGACAAUUGAAUGGAAACUCAUUUCUUGUGUGAAUGCUACAUGGAGACACUGUGAAAUACGAAGCUCUAUGUCAAAAUUAUACACUAAGAUGCUCUAACAUAAUCAAGACAUAAAGUUCUAUUAGGUGGGGACAUAUGAAGCAUGACUUGUCAAAGAAUAUCCAAUCCAUGAGUGCUUUUGUUUCUGUACAUAUGCCAAAUUGUGUUUUUGAUUCUUCAGAAUUAGCGAAUUUACAUAACAUGUUUAUCUUAUCGGAUUACCCUUCAUUCUCUGCUUAAACAAUGAAGUAAAUUACAAUUUCAAUGGAAUUAUGCUGUGAUAUAGUUAACUGCGGAAACUGGAUGUUCCAUAAAGCAAAUACUUUSCAGAGAAUGUAGUGAAGUUUUGAGAAAGAUCAAGUUUCCAAAGGGCACUAUCAUAGCAAAAUGACCAAGAUUUCAAAUUAUGCUCAGUUGUUCUUAUUGUUCAACAACAAAAUUUUGCUCUGCAGUGGCACUAUUGCAUCAAAAUGGUUGACUCUCCACCAAUGAGAGCAGAGGAAAGUUUGUUGUUGAAUUUUAAAUGUAUAUAUGUAAUAACUGUUGUUCAUUAAUGAGAUAUGCCUUUCAGUCAGCUAGUGUUCAUUUUAAUAUCAAAUAUUAUAGAAAUAUUGUUCUGUACAUAUCGACUAAGAUACUAUGAAAUUGUAAUGAGCUGCAAUAUUCUUAUCUUUAAAUUGAUACAAUUAUUAUUAUAUUAUUGUUAGGGUUUGGUUAUAAGGAAUUUCAAUAAAUAUAAAACAAACAAAAACAAACAAAGCAGUUU